AUGGCUGCCAAAAAAAUGCAACAGGAGUUCGCAAUGCUGCAAUCACAGGUGGAACAUGGAACGACCGACGAUGAAGAUGAUACUGCAGAAGACAAUUUCAUCGAAGCCUUAAUGGCAGAGCUUACCGAACAGUUCAACAUUAUCCGUUGCGCUAUUCAUACUCUUCAGCUGGCCUUGAAUGAUGUCGUUGGUAAUGAUAACCCUAUCAUGAAAGCCAUUACAACCAUCGUUAAGCAAUCCAAAAAGGUGAAAUACAAUCCUAUUUUUGAUUACCACAAAGAAAAGCGUCCUCCAUUGUGGUCUCCCACGCGCUGGGGUGGCAAAUACAAAAUGUUGCGGUUCAUAAGCAAACGUGAGCAAUUUUUCACGUCACUCGGAGAGCAGUAUCCUGAACUAGUCUACAUCUAUACAGAUAACACUGAAUCAACAAUUUGACGCCACAAUACACGGUUCGAGGCCGCAUCUCUCCAUCCUCGAAUACGCCCCACGCUCGCCAAGUCGUUCUGCACCUGGUCUGCCCAUCUCGCUCGCUGCGCUCCACGUCGUCUCGUACCUGCCGGAUCGGAAGCGAACACCAUCUUUGCAGGGUUGCUGUCCGGCAUUCUUGCAACAUGCCC